UUAAGGGUUUCUAACAAAUGAGAAAGAGCGAGAAAGUUCAGAGCGGUCAUGGCGGAUCGAGCGUCUCCUUCGCGGUGCUCGAGGUGCCCUACUUGCUCCGGGCCUCUCUCCAAGGACGUGGAAACUAGCAGCUGGACAGUGGCACCACUCAUCCGAGACAGCUUUUGCAUGAUUGGUUCUUCUGUUGGUGGCAUUGCAAGUGCAUUCUAUGGAUUCAAUCAUGCCAUGCCUAUUGUUAGGAGGUUUGUGAAGGGGCCUAUGUGGUUACACUUUAUGAUUGGGGCACCACCGGUAAUAGUGUUCUCCUCAGCUUGUGCUGGAUUGGCAGGUUAGACUAUCAACCAUGCUUCUCCACACCCUCCUUUUUACUUGUGUUUUCAUGUUUACCUUUUGACUGUAGGAAAGCCCUAUUAUUAGAAUAUUGAAGUUCUUAUGUUGGCCAUUGAGUUAAAUUUCUUGUUCUUUUCAGUUUUUCUUAUCCUAGAAUGAUCUGUACCAUAACAAACAUUGCCAUAUUUGGGACUCUUAACAAUUUUUACUGGUGAUUUGAUUUUUGAGCAGUCUUUCUAUUAUUUACUACUGAUGGAUAAUUUUACUGAAAAUGCG